CCAGCCCACCACGCACCCAUCCUCGGGCCGCCACGCACCCAUCGCCGUUCAUCUCCUCUGCACGCCAACUCUGCGCGGCCACGGCACACGGAGCAGCAACCGAAGGGGGGAAGAAGAGCCGUCGCCGGAGAAGACCAAGGGGAAGAGCCUCCACCGCCGCCAGAGCUAGCGUCACUGGUGCCUCGCCGCCCCUCCGUCGGCGCGCUGCCCUCCCCUUGGCCCGCUGCAGCCAUCCUCUCCUCUCCGCACCUUCAGCCGGACGUCCUCUUCAGCCGGGAGCCCAUCCGGAGCAGCUGCAGAUUGGAUGUGGAGAUUGGCGAAUCUGGAGAUGACGGAGCUGGAGAUCCUGGGCAUGAACUUCGGCUGCGUCCUCUCGGCGCUGUCGGACGCCAAGAUCCCGGAGAAAGAGUGCCUGCUCCCGCUCGUCUCCAAGCUCCUCGGCUACUGCAUCGUGGCCGCCUCCACCACCGUCAAGCUCCCGCAGAUACUAAAGAUUUUGAAGCAUGGAAGUGUUAGAGGACUUAGUGUAGCCUCCUUUGAGCUUGAGCUCAUUGGCUACACAAUUGCUCUGGCAUAUUGUAUUCAUAAAGGACUGCCCUUUUCAGCUUAUGGAGAGCUAGCUUUUCUGCUGAUUCAAGCAAUUAUCUUGAUUGGAAUCAUUUACUAUUACUCGCCACCAAUGGGAACCAAAACAUGGAUGAAAGCUUUGAUAUAUUGUGGACUAGCUCCGACUGUUUUGGUUGGAAAAAUUGAUCCGGGUCUUUUUGAAAUCCUUUAUGCUUCACAGCAUGCCAUCUUCUUUUGUGCUAGAGUACCGCAGAUCUGGAAAAAUUUCACAAAUAAGAGCACUGGCGAGCUGAGCUUCCUGACUUCUUUCAUGAACUUCGCUGGUUCCCUUGUAAGAGUUUUUACCAGCAUCCAGGAGAAGACUCCGUUAAGUGUACUUAUGGGCUCUGUAAUCGGCAUCGUGACAAACGGUACGAUCCUGGGUCAGAUAGCGAUGUACCAAAAGCCUGCGCCGAAGAAAGGGAAGAAAGAAGAGUAAUAGGGCGCGCGCGAGAAACGACAUGAGGUUCUUCCUGGUGGGUUUACAGUUUUGAUCCAGGGCUAUUCUAUUCUUGGAGCAACAUUGUGCCACUUACCUGCAGACCUCACACCAUGACGGAAACAGUAGGCAGAAAUUCAUGCAGACUUGUGUGAUGAUGAAAACGAUAGGAUAUUUCUUCGUUUGUAAUUUUUCGAAGUAUCGUAAAAUGACUGCUUGUGUAGUUUCAAUUGCCUCCUUGGUUAGCUUACUCUGUGUAACCGUUUAAUGAUGCUAGAAAGAUGUAUAUCCAUUCUUUUUAUGUUUGAAUAUUAUUUGUUGUUACACUUUA